CGUGCGUGCGCACGCGCGCUGUCCCCCAGAGGCGUCUGGGUGUGCGGAGCGCGCGCGCGCGGCUCAGAGGCGCACCUGUGAGGUGUUCCCGGAGGAGAGGGCGGGUGGGCGUGCGGAGCCCGCGGCCUGGGGCGCUCGCACCCCGCAUUUGGACGCAUUCGUCGGGGCGGAGGCCGCCGAGCAUCCUGCCCAGGUGAUGAGUGCCGAUCCGCGCGCCCCGCGCACAGGGCUGCUGCCGCUGGACGCUUCCAUUGUUUGACCACCAGGGCCGGGCGCUCCCAGCAGGACCCAGGCUCCGACAGCCCUGCAGCUGCUGUGCCCACCUCUGCCUCUUCUGGAAUGUCCUGGGGUUUCUGACUCCUGUCACUGUGUGGCACCAGAUGUGUGCUGUUCCAUGCCUUGCAGUUCCCACCUAGCACAGAGCCUGUUUCCUGGACAGGGGAGGGAUGCUGGCCUUGAUCCAUGCACCCUGCGCCUGGCAAUGGGCUGUGGGCUGCCAGUGGUUUUGCUGCUACAGACGCUGCCUUGAGAAUGACCUGCUACCUCAGUCACUUCUCAUGUUUACCAGUGGAUCUCUGGGAUAGACUUCUGGAUGUGUGAUUACUAGGACAAAAGACCUGCAGACCCAGGAGACAGCCCUCGGGAAGAGAGCAAAGGGAGCUGGUUCCUCUGGACCAAAGAGAAGACUGGUGAGCCGCCCUUUCUCAGGAGCAAGACGCCGGCCUGGGCCCUGGAGGUGCUGUGGGAAGGCUUUCUGUCUGAUGUGGAGGAGGCAGAGCGACACACUGACUCUUCCCGGGAGCCUGCGGGGGCUCACGGCCAGCCAGCGUCAUCUCUCCCUGGACAUCCGGGAACACACUGGGUGGCCCUUUCUCUAGAUGUGAGGAGUAUGAGAUUGCUCUCCAAGAAGAUUCUGGGGUCUUAAACACACAGAGGUUUGCACCUUGGCAGCCCCUUGGAAUGUUGGAAACUCAGGAACGAAAAGAAGUUUUAUGUCGAUGAGUUACGGAGUUGAUAUGGAAGUAUAUGUCACUUUAUGAUCAGUAGUAACACUGAGUGAGGAACACUAUGCAGGAAGAAGCCUUCCAUAGAAAGACAGGCAGGGAAAAGCUUAGGCUGACCUUGAACUUGCCCCACAGAGCAAGCCUGAGAUAGACUGCCAACAUGGCCAAAUAAGAGACUUGGUGUAGUAGCAGCCGUGAACCGGAGUAGCUGUAAAGAAAUUUUCUCCUCUAAAUCACGAUACCAAAUAGGAAAAAUGAUCUACAAGUGCCCCAUGUGUAGGGAAUUCUUCUCUGAGAGAGCAGACCUUUUUAUGCAUCAGAAAAUCCACACAGCUGAGAAGCCCCAUAAAUGUGACAAGUGUGAUAAGGGUUUCUUUCAUAUAUCAGAACUUCAUAUUCAUUGGCGAGACCACACAGGAGAGAAGGUCUAUAAAUGUGAUGAUUGUGGCAAGGAUUUUAGCACUACAACAAAACUCAAUAGACAUAAGAAAAUCCACACAGUGGAGAAGCCCUAUAAAUGUUACGAGUGUGGCAAAGCCUUCAAUUGGAGCUCCCAUCUGCAAAUUCAUAUGAGAGUCCACACAGGCGAGAAGCCCUAUGUCUGUAGUGAGUGUGGCAGGGGCUUCAGUAAUAGCUCAAACCUUUGCAUGCACCAGAGGGUCCACACGGGCGAGAAACCUUUCAAAUGUGAAGAGUGUGGGAAGGCCUUCAGGCACACCUCCAGUCUCUGCAUGCACCAAAGGGUCCACACCGGAGAGAAGCCCUAUAAAUGCUACGAGUGUGGGAAGGCCUUCAGCCAGAGCUCCAGCCUCUGCAUCCACCAGAGAGUGCACACAGGAGAGAAACCCUAUAGGUGUUGUGGGUGUGGGAAGGCCUUCAGCCAGAGCUCCAGUCUUUGUAUCCACCAGAGAGUGCACACAGGAGAGAAACCCUUUAAGUGUGAUGAGUGUGGGAAGGCCUUCAGCCAGAGCACUAGCCUCUGCAUCCACCAGAGAGUGCACACCAAGGAGAGAAACCAUCUCAAAAUAUCAGUUAUAUAAAACAUUUUGCUAAGAGUUAAAAAUCUUAAAACCCGUAAGUGCCACUAGGAAGGAAACCCUGUAUAUACUACAUUGACCCAAGAAAGAUUGACAGCAGUUCCCAGCAAAUUGUUCUUUUGAGGAGGCUUAGGCGAGGUUCAUUUUUUUGGUUCAUUGAUUGAUGCCAAGUGUGUUCUGCACCUGACUUUGAACGUGGGAGCCUUCUGAGCAGGUGCCCGAGAACGGCUCUUGCGUCCCAGUCAUGGAUGCGCACUUCCCAGGAUCUGGUGACACCUCAGUAGUUGAGAUGCCGCCCCAAGCCAGGGAGCAGGGCCAGGCCUCCUGAGCCGCCUUCAGCCUGCUGUCCUGAGAAGUGACCUGGUGCUCCCUCGGGAGCUCCCGCCCCUUCCUCCUCUCCAGCCCCUCCUGGUCAGUGCGUCUGGAGAGGGACAGCUCCCACUCUGCGCGUGUUCUGGUAUUUUUGAGGUUGCCAUGUGACUCGGCUCCGACAUCGCUUUCCAUGUGUCCCAUUAUUUCUGCACCCACUUAACCUCAUGUCCUCAAAUCCCCACCCCUUCCUAGAUGGCAUUCAACUUGAUUUAGAUUUUAGGUGACUCAUUACACCCACUCCCCUGGCCUAUCAGAAGUCAUUGGCAGGCGAACACGCUCUAGAACUUAAGUUUUGUGGAUCCUGCUAAUCACUGUCUCCACUGUAGACUUAUUUUCUAGUGGCUGCACCACGUAUUUUGAACUUGAAUUUUUGUUGGGGGGGUAGCUGAGUAUAACCCUAGGGGGAAGAAGCAAGCAGAGUGUGAACCCGUGUCCCUCUGGAGUUGCUUUCUCUGUAACACGGGGUGCUCCUGAGCUAGGGGAGACCUGAGGAGAAGGGGAUAGAUGGCAGGAGGAGCCACUGGUGGCCGUGGUCGUGUCGCUGUUCUGUCACCUGGGCAGUGAUGUGGGGGAGUCCUCGGCACUGUGCCAGUUCCUCUUCAGGCGUGAGCGUCUGUUCUCGUUCUGUCAUUCGCAUUCUUCGAAGGCACUGUGCAGGGCGCUGGGCACACCCCUGCGUCAGAUGAGGUCUUUGCUCUCUCUGAGUUCUUUUCUGGUGGAGGACACAGAUGAUAAGCAAGUAAACAAAUAAAUAAUGUAGUUUGAGGUAGUGGUUAAGUGCUAUGAAGAAAAUAAACGAGGGUGGUGAUGUAGAGUGGGGGGUGGGGGUGGGCAGCGUUAGCUAGGGUCAGGGAGGGCCCUGCCAAGGGCUGCUGGGCCAGGCCGCGGCAGGUGCUGCUUGCUGGGGGACAGGAGGCCGGCCAGGGCCAGGCCGGGUGUGAGCACAGAGGCCGUGCUGAGCCGCAUGGUGUCCUGACUUCUGUGGGCGUGUUGCUUUGCUUUGUUCUUACUAGAUUGAUACUAAAAACUCAUGUGGAGAACUCAAGGAAUGUUUGGAAGACCAAAAGUCCCCAGUGGCAAGAACAAAAGCAACCAGUUCUUACCUUUGUUUUGCUUCUCAUUCCUGUUUCAUUGAUUUCCCACAUGCAGCCCUUAUGCUCAGGAAGUCUUUGGGGAAAUUAAGGAUCUUUGAAGCUCUGAAAUGGGUGGUCAGGUUGGUGGUGUCUGUCCGCUGUCUGAGGUUGGAAACGAAUUUCUCAAAAUAGUUACAGGAAUACUGAAACUACACUUUGAUUUUUCCCUCCAUGUUUAACUUAGUUUUCUGUGUGACUGGAAGGGGUUUUUGUAUAACUAAAACCUCAGCGCUUUGUGAAGCAAGUUUCAGAGGAGCACACGGUGUACGGGUGGGCCUGGGAGCCGGGGAGGAUGCGGUCCGCAACUGGGUGUGAGCCUGCGUCUGCUGACCGACUUGCCCUCACGCUGGCUCUUCCUCAGGCGAGGCGGCUCCUCGCUCGCUCCCCUUCCAGCUGCAGUCCACCGUGCGGUUCACUGUAGUGUCUCGCCACUCUCCAUGUCACGGUAGCGCGGAGCAGUAGAGAAAAGCCUAGACUUUAGUUGAUAGAGAGCCGAUUGAAAUAUCAUUGAUAGAAUUUUAGUUUUAGGAAAAAUUGAUUUGAUUUCUAGCUUUAUUACUAUUAGGUAUGUGAGCUUGGGCAAAUCGCUUAAUCUUUUGAGUCUAGUUUUCUCACCAAAUGAGGAUAUUAGACUAAAUGAUUUCCGAGUUUCCAGCUAGUCCUAGAGUUCUAUAUUUCUACAUAGUUGAAUUAUUUUAUCAUGCUGUUGCUGGGGAAUAUGACUAACACUUUUGAAGCUACUAAUUUUAUGUCAAGCUUUAAAGUCCAUAAUUGUUAUCUUCAGAAAAUAUUAUUUGACCUACAGUAUGUCCAAAUCAAUUUAAUAAAAUCACUUUAUAACAGGG